AUGGCUUCUCUGAAUUUCGCCACAGUCAAUACGGGAGGGAUUUCUCGUAAAUUUGCCUCCUUGAGACAUUUUCUACACAUCGACCAAAUUCACAUCGCAGCAAUCACAGAGACACAAUCCAAACGACCCGUAAACAUCACAGGCUUCCACUCCUACAACAAACCCAGCCCCACAACCCGAGCCAAACACGGCGUCACACUUCUUGUCUCAACUUCACUCGCUUCAUCUCAACACAUCUUACCCCCUCAUCUUGACCACCUUCAAGCCGUUGCAGCCACCAUUCACAUUAACAAUUUAAACAUUCUGUUUAUUUGUUAUUACAAUCCUCCUCUCGAAACCGUCAGUACCCAACUCCUCGAUUACACUUCCACAUUCAGACACGCAGUCAUUCUCGGAGACUUCAACGCUCGACACACCGAUUUUGGUGACACAAUUUCAAACACAAACGGCAGACACCUCACACGCUCUCUCAACACUCUUCCUCUUUGUCGUCUUCGAAAUCAAUUUCCCACACUCAUCAAUCACGUUGGCACAUCGAUCGUAGACCACAUCAUUGUGACCGAUAAUCUCACACACAUCACAAACACAGACUCUUUCAUUGGCACCACAGUCACCUCCGAUCAUCUCCCUCUUGUCUCAAACUUCACACUUCAAGGCCCCCAACCGCGACCCACGCACAUCCCCAUUUUCGAUUUCAACAACACAAACUGGACCGACUUUCAAAAUUACAUCACAAACAACCUCCCACACAUUGACGACACACUUGACCCCAACACCAUUGACACACAAGUAACACAACUAACACAACUCAUCAAACAAGCUCAAACACUUUUUGUACCCAUCAAACACAUUCCAACAAAUCGCAAACCAUUGCCCCCUCAAAUCCUUGCCCUCAUCCGAGUCAAACGCCGAAUUUAUCGCGAAUUCGUGCAAACCAGAUCUCCAGUCCUCAAAACUGUCUUUAACCGUCUCAAUGCACAAAUAAGACGUGACAUCAACCAAUUUCGUCUUGCCCACUGGUCAAACAGUUGUAGCUCCCUCGAUUACCGAGACGGUAAAAAGUUUUGGGACAAAUUCAAUUCACUCACAGGCCGAAAAUCUCACCCCAUCCACCAUUUGUCAGUCAACAACACCAUUUUUAACACCCCACAAGACAAAGCAAAUUGUUUUGCUGCUACCCUCCAAAACAUCCACCAAGUCCCCAAUGACCCACAUUUCAACCAACACUUUUUUAACACAGUCACUAACAACACUCUCCGUUUCAGGCAAAACCUCCCCCGACUUGACUACGACGCUGACCUCGACCCAGACCCCGACCCAGACUUUCCACCCGACAACCCGGACUUGACCGCUCCAACCACCGACGACGAGAUCAAAGCCCUCAUUAUCCGGCUGAAAAACUCGAAAGCCCCAGGACCAGACCAGAUCAAACCCAUUCUUCUCAAACAUCUCCCUGACACAGCCAUCACAUCCAUCACCACAAUUUACAAUUCUUGCUUCAAUUCCGGUCACUUUCCAACCCCAUGGAAAGAAGCCACCACCAUCAUGAUUCCCAAGCCCAACAAAGACCCCAACAACCCACUUUCUUAUCGUCCCAUCUCUCUCCUCAACAUUCUGGGAAAAAUCUUCGAAACAAUUCUUGCCUCUCGUCUCCGACACACUCUCGAAGAAAACAACCUACUGCCCCCUGAACAAUUCGGUUUUCGCCCCCAUCGCUCCACUUCCGACCCCACUUUCGAACUCUUCACCGACUCAACCCGGAGUGCCAAUCUCGGCCAGUGCACACUAGCCGUCUUCUUGGACGUCGAACGUGCAUUUGACCGUGUUUGGCACGAUGGUCUCAUCCAAAAAUUUCUUUCCCACAACAUCAACCUCAACUUCAUCAAAUUAAUCGACUCUUUUCUCUCAAACCGCUCCUGCAAAGUCAAAGUCCAAAAUUCCUUUUCUUAUCCCGUCCCCCUUCUCUCCGGGGUCCCUCAAGGCUCCGUUCUGUCGCCCAUUCUUUACAUUUUUUACAGUUCUGAUUUUCCUGUUUCAGAUCUUCACCAGACCAAAACCCGCUUCUUCGCCGACGACACCGCCCUCUGGACAUCCCGGACCACCGCCGCCUCAGCCUCCAGGACCCUGCAGCCCCUCCUCAACCAGAUCUCCACAUGGACUCGCAAGUGGAGAGUGAAGAUCAACCCCACAAAAUCCACCGCCAUCCUCUUCAAACACCCCAACCUCACACGAAACAAGAAAUUCGACCCACGCGACAUCACCAUCACACUCGACAACACACCCAUCGACCUUGUGCCAUCCACAAGAUCUUCACCAGACCAAAACCCGCUUCUUCGCCGACGACACCGCCCUCUGGACAUCCCGGACCACCGCCGCCUCAGCCUCCAGGACCCUGCAGCCCCUCCUCAACCAGAUCUCCACAUGGACUCGCAAGUGGAGAGUGAAGAUCAACCCCACAAAAUCCACCGCCAUCCUCUUCAAACACCCCAACCUCACACGAAACAAGAAAUUCGACCCACGCGACAUCACCAUCACACUCGACAACACACCCAUCGACCUUGUGCCAUCCACAAGAACACGCUCAAGAAAGUCCGCAACCGAUCCAACCUCCUCCGCCAUCUCAUGGGAAACUUCCAAGGGUGCCAUUCCCGCACUCUUCUCCACACCUACAACACAUUCAUCCGACCCGUCAUCGAGUACCGAGCCCCCAUCUACGCAUCUCUCCCACACACCAAGACACAUCGCAUUGCCACAUGCGAACGACAAAUCCUUCGCCGAAUUCACCGCCUCGACCGCUUCCACGCCAGCAAUUCCCUCCACCAGGACACAAACACCACCCCCAUCACAGACCGUCUUCACAAACUCCAACAAAACUACAUCAAACGCACACUCAACAACAACAACACAAUUGCCCAAAACACACUCAACACUUCACAUAAGUUUCUCACACGCGACAACACUCUUCGCAACCGAGUCCCCCGGAUCCCCAGAAGAAAACUGCCCCAUCCACCCACGGCGCUUCUCUCAGCGCUGUACCCCGACCUGCCCGACAAUCUUCAACUUCUCGUUGAAGAGACGCCCCUCACAAUGAGACGCCACUGACGACACCGACAAGACACCCACGACGACAUCCACAUCCACAGCUUCCUACGAGCCCCAAACUUCUCACUCUUUCACUCACCACCCGACGACACACACACUCCCACACAACAUUCAUCCAUUUCCUUGACUGAAGAGGCCAAAAGCCUAAAACAGUCCGGACUCGUAGAUUAAGUUAUAAAUAUCUUGUAUAUAUUUUAUCAAAAUCCCUUUUGAAAUGUAAUUUAUUUUGAAUAAACGUAUUUGAAUUGAAUUGAAUAGUGCACCAUGAUUUUAGCUUGAACUUUCAAGUUGACAGGUAUAUUUUGUGUUCGUUGUGCGUAUUACAGUUCGUUUGUGUCGUGUUUUUUUUUUCUUUAUUAAGAUUAGAAAUAUUAAAAAAUAUGCCACCAAAGACAAGCGGUAAAGCAGCGAAAAAGGCUGGAAAAGCUCAAAAGAAUAUUUCGAAGAGCGACAAGAAAAAGAAGCGCAGGAGGAAGGAAAGCUAUGCAAUCUAUAUUUAUAAGGUAUUGAAGCAAGUACACCCCGAUACCGGUAUUUCGAGCAAGGCGAUGAGCAUCAUGAACAGUUUCGUUAAUGAUAUCUUUGAACGGAUCGCCGCUGAAGCUUCUCGUCUUGCGCAUUACAACAAGCGUUCGACGAUUACGAGCCGGGAAAUUCAAACAGCGGUUCGUCUCUUGUUGCCUGGUGAAUUGGCAAAGCACGCAGUCUCUGAAGGUACCAAAGCCGUCACCAAAUACACAAGUUCAAAAUAGAGAAGUUUUUUCUUUCAUCGUUUAAAAAGAAGAAAAAAAUGAAAUCGGUUCUUUUCAGAA